UACACGUGACUUUUACAAGUUUAACUUUACUUUCAAAAUUUAUCGCACUCCUGCGCUGACGCGUAGAUGUAUAUACCAUGCCCGUACAUAACACACUGCAAUAUGUUGACUGUGUUCUGUUGCAAUUAGGACUUCUUUACGUAGUUUUCUUCUAGCCCUCUCAACGCGCUCACAUUAAUCUCUGGAUCUGUUGGCAGCCGGCCAGUAUGUGUGUUGUCUUGCAUCCUUUGCAUAUAGUAGAAUCCUUAAGCUAUCAGCAGACGCAGCCAAGUGCUCCAUAUUUGGCUUAUGUUACACACACGCAGUGAGAGCGAGCGCUGGAGGAGAGAAGCAGAGCAGGAGUGGUGUCUGCAAGACAGACAUUACUACAGAGCUACAAGCUCGGCUUCCUUCAUCGCGGAGCGCCACGUCUUGGGCAUCACCGCCUUUUUGAUGUUGUUUAUGGACAACAAAACAUCUUGAUGUGAAGCCUAUCUGUGAUUGGAAAAUUGAACAGAGUCCAGAAGUUAAAGCACUCCAUCAUACAGACCUGAUGUAAGACCAGAGAACUGCGCAAAUAAAGAAGAAUUUUCAUUAAUAUCCAGCAAGAGAAAAGACUUAACAGGAACAUCUUUCCACUGACUUUACAUGCAGCCACAACUGAAACUACUCUUGAGAAGAAUCUGUAUUCUGCUGCAUCAACCAUCGUGACGGAGCUUCCCAAAGUCAGUGGUAUGCUAAAAGAAGGGCACAAUCAGCUGCCAGUUGCAAUUAUCACUGUGUAUUUCACAAGAGGUCACAAGUGAAAAAAGGAGAAUGGAGAAACUGAUAUCUUGGUGAUCAACAAGAGAUUUAAGGAUGAAGAAAAACAGAAGGAGGAUAGGAAUGGAGGUAGAAAGAGAAACAAAAAGAACCUGACCAGAAGAGCUGAAAACUUCCAAACUAAAAGUUAUAACUUUGGGACUGAAGCAAAACCUGAAUUCCAGGCCACAAAAGGAAGGUCAAGAAUUUUCUUUGCAAGCGUUUCUAACAUGAAAUGAUUACUUUUAUGGGUUCCCGGUGAUCGGCUGCUUCUUUCAAGAAUUGAAGUGCUCAGAUGACCGACAAGUGCGGAGAGUUCCGAUUGACGUUUAAUGAUUAAGACACGCAGAAGAUCUGUGAUCUAAUGGACACACCUGAAAGCUCUGACUUUGAUGAUUGAAGAGCUACAUUUCAUAUGGGCUAAAAGUCAAUGCUUGAGGCAUUCAUGUCAUUCUUUCAAGAAUUCUUGAAAUGCACUUUGGGUGGCCUACUGAUCUUCUGGCUUUAACAACCUUGCCAUUUGGAAACUCUUUGGAGUGGUUGAGAAGAAUUCGAGCUGGAGGAAAUGGUGCCUCAUGCCGUUCUUGGAUCAUUUUGGGAUGUACUGUCAGAAAAUAAAUGUGACAUCCAAGUUAUCAAAUUAGAAUCAAAGCCUAAAAGACGCUAAACAAGUCUUUAGAAAUGAAAUCAAACCAGGAACGCAACAAUGAAUGCUUACCACCCAAAAAGCGGGAGUUUCCUGUUAACCACCUGCCCUUGCCAGAGAAGGCAGGUGCAGCAGCUACCGUGAGUGAGAGCAGUCGCGGUGAAAACUUGGCAUGGCUUGCCAAUGUGACUAGCAGCCAAAGCAGUGUCGGAAUGAGGUAUGGACAAGGCAAAGUUGCAGCAGAAACCCCAGUGGAAACUGGCUUACCGCUCUAUAAACCACUAGCAGCUGCAGUGGACUAUUCAUCACCUGGAAGUGUUAGAUCAGCUCCAGGGGUGACACAUCUUCGUGCUGUUUGUUCAUCUUCAGCACUGGCUCAGCCAGGACCUUCUGCAUCGCCAGUAGAAUACGCCCCACUACAGCAUGCUGCUUUCCAAUUUGUUGGGCCACCUUAUAGUGGACCAUAUGCUGGCCCUGCUGCAUUCGUCCCUUCCCCAUUAAUCUCCCCAACAGCUUCAAAUGCUUCUGCCACUCCACCUCAGUAUUCCCAUCUAGAACCCUACUCUACAAUCUUUGGCAGUAUGGGGAGCCCAUCCCAGCAUAAGGUUGAACAGCAGGUAGUUCGGCCUCACAGAAUGAUAACUCCUCCUCAACCUACCGUUCAAAACCAGUAUGUGCAAAUUUCAAGUUCAUCUCCAAAUGUGACGAGACCCCUGUCCCCUUCAACAGUUCCCCUACAUUUGCACGCUCACUCUUCUCUGAUUCCACAUACACUUUCAGUCAGUACCCCAUCACAGGUCGUUCUUCAGUACGCAGAUACUGGAUACCAUGUUGCAUCAAGGGAAUCCAUCAGAAAAGCUGAAGACAUCAGGCCACAUUUAAUCCCGAGAAGAGAAGUAUCAAAUGGUGAAGUUGAGAAAAGCAGGAAAUACGACCUCUCGCCCAGCGCAGAAAUGAACAUGGAGAAAGCAGCAAACAAACCGGUUUCUCACCAUUAUGAAAUAAGGCAUGGGACCCAUAGGGUUGUUCACCCAAGUCCUGCUGACUAUAAUGCACAAGAAUCUUUAGGUCCUAGAGCCUCAGUAAUGAUUAUAUCCAACAGCCACACGUCUACGACGGAUCUGGAGGUUCAACAGGCCAUUGACAGGGACAGCUCUCCUAUGGCACUGUAUGAUAAGUCUAACUUAAAUCAUGGGAAAGCUGCCUUUUCUCCACAUUCUGUAAUUCAAACUACCCACAAUCCCACUGAGCACCUCUCCAUUGGACUACCUGCUAGUGCUGUGUUUCCCAACUCUCAACAGCCACUUAUUGGUUACAUAAGCAGUCAGCAGCAAGCACUUAGUUACCAUGGGAACUUGCAACAACAUCUUGUAAUCCCAGGCACUCAGCCCCUUCUAAUUCCUGUGUGCAGUACAGCAGUUGAAGCAUCAGGGAUAACAUCUACAAUAGCAACAACUACUUCUCAGUUUGCUGCAUUGCCUCAUUCAUUUGUCAGUACAGCCAGUCCCAAAAGUGAGAAUUAUCAUCCUGACUCACUUGUUACUCAGCCAGCAUAUCACCCGACAGUUGUACAGGCACAAGUACACCUACCAUUAGUGCAGUCAGUGAACUCUCCUGUUGCAGCUUCUAAUCAACUGCCUCCAUACUUCAUGAAAGGUUCAAUCAUACAGCUAGCUAAUGGAGAACUUAAAAGAGUUGAAGACUUGAAAACAGAGGACUUCAUACAAAGUGCUGAAAUCAGCAGUGACCUGAAGAUUGACUCCAGUACUGUGGAGCGUGUUGAAGGCAGUCACAACUCCAGCUUCGCUCUCCUGCAGUUUGCAGUUGGAGAACACAGAACACAGGUCAGUGUUGAAGUUCUGAUGGAACACCCGUUUUUUGUUUUCGGAAAAGGCUGGUCAUCAUGUUGUCCGGACAGAACAUCUCAACUGUUUGGUUUGCCAUGUUCCAAACUUUCUGUUGGCGAUGUUUGCAUAUCUCUUACACUGAAAAAUCUAAAAAAUGGCUCUAUAAAGAAAGGACAGGCUGGUGACUCAACUGGUGUUUUGUUGAAGCACCCAAAAAAUUAUAGUAUAUCUGAGAACAGGCCCCAGCACUUGGAGCGAGAAAACGGGGUUGUGCAGGGAAGUGUACCUGUUAUCUCAGAAAAUUGCAAACUGAAGUUUUCUGAAACCAUUACGAUACAGUCUGCACGGUCUUGGCUCAAUAAGACAGAGGUCGGGCGACCUCCAACAAGGAAAAGGAGGUGGUCUGCUCCUGAAACGCGAAAAGUAGAGAAAACAGAUGAAGAGCAGCCAUUGAAUCUUCCCAAGCCUUCCUUCAUUCCUCAGGAGGUUAAGAUUUGCAUUGAAGGACGGUCCAAUGUAGGCAAGUGAAGGCACUUUGGGGAGCAGUGGGAGUUCAGAAAUUAAAAAUCUAUAAUACUGUACUGUAGACUUAAAGCUAGAAAAAAACCCAGUAUUUACAUGUUAUCUGCUUGUUAUUUUAGUUUUUUUGUUAAUAACAUGUUGUAAUAUCUUCAAAUGAUGUUAAGGAGGAGACUGGUAACUGUUCUUUCCACAAAGCUCUGACUGUUCACUGUUUAGUGAAUGCUCUUAAUGAAAAUUCUCACCAGGAUUAUUCCUAUCAUGAUUUUAGAAUCCAUUUAUGUCUUCUCUGGUACUGUUUUUAAGUUUUUAAAAUUCAAUUCGUAUUUAGUAAUGAUUGGUGCCACUUUUUUUUUCCCUAGGUUCACUUGAAUGUUGUGCAACACAACAGAGUGGCAGGAUGGUCUUUAAGCACUUGCAAUUCAGUAAUAUUUAUUUACUGGGUGUCUUGGUCUGAAUGCUCAAAGUCAUACCAAAAUGACAAGUUUAGUAUUAUCUGUAAACACUGUUAUCCAUGUAGAGCUAGAUACUGAACUUUAAAGGAAAAGGGAACUGAAAAAUGAUGUUGUCUAGAAUGAAUUGUAGAUUCAAAGUGUUUGGAAGAAUGAGAAUCAUUUAUCUUGAUUCUUGUGUGAAUGAUUAUGAAUGGUAGUAGUAGUCCACUGAUGACUGCUUGUUCAGAAAGCACUUUUUAAAUGUAAUGCUUCAAAAAUGGGAAAAGAUCCCAGAGAGUUAAAACAAAGUCUGGAAGAGAAAUUUAGGGUUAUCCAGUGUUUAACUGUUGUACUUUUAAAGCAUUUGGCAAUUUGCACACUUUGAGAGUCAACAAUCAUGCAGUGAAUCUGUCAAUUGUUGUGUUUUUCUCUCUACCUUUUUUUUUAAAAAGGGGAAAUUUAAAAAAAAGACGUAGCGAUCAUUGUUUGGCCUGCCUUAGCAUUGGGACCUUCCCACAGUGUUUCUUCGGACAUCAAGUUGAGUGGUUGACUCAAGUCUGUCAUAUCUAUAAAAUUAAUCUCUCUUAGGACAGCUCAAAUGAUACCAGUAAAUGUUUUUAGUAACUUGCCAUUUUAAAAAAAAUAUCAAGCUCCUCAAUAAACAGAUUUUUGAAAAAUUAAAGAUGGGUUCAAAUAGCAUAAUAAAAAGGUUUCUUAUCUGCUUAAUUAUAUGUUACACAGGAAUGUCAGUGUACACCAGUGAUAUAUUAUGAUUCAAAAAAUUUGUAUAGAAUUUUACUCAUUCAAAUCUUUGUUUUCCAUCAUCUUCAAGUAGAAUUUAAAUUAAAUUCUUUUUAGUUUGACAUACACUCUGCUUUUCCAAGCACCACGCAACACUUAAAAUGUAAUUCAUCAAAAAUGCAGUAUUUAAAAUGAACAAAGCUUCCUUUGAAAAUGCAGUUUUUUUCCUUUCAUAACAGGUUCUCAACCAAAACUGAAAACUGUUGGAAGUGAACAGGGAAUGAUAGCUUUUUUAAUUUGUGCAAGUGACUUGAAAUCUAGCUAGCAUUGGAAACUCUAAUUUCUUGGCUUGUAGCUGGCACUUGCAUCUUCAAAAUUGUGUUCCAAAGCAGUUUCAAGAUCUUAAUGGGGAGGGAAAAUGUUGAGACAAAAGGCUUGGGUAUCGUAGAAGCUCACUAUAAUUAAACCUCUCAGCUAUGCACCAAAAUAGCUGGGCAGGUUUUCAAUAUAUUGCACAUUCGCAUUGCUUGGUUAGUGCUGGGUUCCUAAUGAUAACAUGUUAGUUCUGCUCCGUAAAUGCAUCAGCCCUUUCAUUAACUUGCUCAGGGCAGUCACGUUCUUUUAUUUUUCUUAGCGUCAGAUGGUAAGAGGUAAUUGAAAUGGAGAAACAAUGGAGUACAGAGAUACAUAUGAGAUUUUAGCCAAAAUAAUCCAGUACCACUAUACAUUUAAACAGGUGAUUUUCUUUUCCCCCAGCAUGGAAGCAGGGACUCAUUUAACUGACUGGUUUUGCUGAAGAAACACUACAGGAAAUAGUCAGGCACAAUGCGAAAAAUAUAGUUACUUGUUUUAUAUUGAUUUGUAAGUAGGAAUUCCAAAUCUAGAAUCAUGUCAGUCCUAUUCAAUCCAACUGCCUGUUGCUCUGAAUUUAUUUGCUUGUACAAGAAUGUUUUGUUAAAAGUGCCAAGUUUAGUCUGAAAGUUCACAUCUUUUAUCUUACAUUUGAGAGGCUGUUAUUAGUUCAUUGUACUGCUACCUUUUUUUCAACUGAGUCCCUGGCCUCCUGUUUUCUUAAGCUGGAUCAGAAUACAAGGAAAACUUUUCAUUUAUAAUCAGAUCAGCCAUGUGCCUCUUUACAAAAUCUGAUUUGCAAUAGUUAACUGACAGCAGGCUAUUUUUUAAAAAUUUGUAGUGGACAAAAUUAAACAAGAACUCGCACAAAGGUAGUCAGGGUAAACCCACCUGUAAGUAGACAGUUACAAAUAUUUACUGACUGUUCCUAUAGUAAUAGAAAUUUCCACCUACAACACCUUUUAAAUUUGUCUGGACAGGAUGAUUGGAGAGACCUGAAGAACCCUUUCACACCUCUUACUCAGGGAUGGGGCUGGUGUGCAUGUGGAACACUGAUGUAACCGGAAGCAGCACUUUCACUAACUCUGAAGCCUAAUUUCUUUUUAACAAACCUAGCCUCAAAUAUUGUUACCUUACUGAUCAGAUUGUCAUAGUGCUGUAUCUGGUUGGGACCUUUGUAAACAAACUGCUUUCAAAAGGUUUAACAGUGAAGGCUCACUCAUUGAUUAGUAUAGGUAACAUGAACCUAUUGCACAUGGAGACUUGAAUGUUGGUGGAAGGUUACUCAGUUUUUGAAAGGCUCGGAUGCUGUUUAAACUAGCUUUGACUUUCAUAUCUUGUAAUAUAUUUGAGGGGGGAUCUAUUAAAUAAGUUGAAGGUUAAAUUUAGUUGUAUAUUUUAAUUUGUAAUGUCCAGGAGAUUGAUCUGUUCAGGCUGUGGCGAGGAUGAAGUACUGUACAAAGAGACUUUUAGAUGUGCAGCCGGUUUAUGAAUAGUCCCAGAUAUGAACUGCUGCUCCUGAGUUUGCUAUGUUUUUGGUUGUUAGUACCUAUUGAAAGUUCUAAGUCUUCCAUUGAGAAUCAAUUAGAGGCGGUAAUUGUCUUUUUUGUUUUCUUCAUGGACUGACUAAGCUGUGGUCACCUAAUGGCAAUGGCCAGUAGAUGCAGGAAAAUGGGGGUGGGAAAAAUGUUUUGCACCUUACUGAUGAGGAGAGAGAUUUUUCAGUGCAUAAAUACGUAGUUAAGAGCUUUCAUUGUGAAAGGGGGAUGUUUUCCGUACACGUGCGUAUUCUAUGUAAUUCCAGUGUACAAUAUUGUACUUGCACUAGCUUUUUUUAAACAAUUAUACAAAUGGAAGAAUUCAUAUUCUAUUUUCUAAUCGUGGUGUGUCUAUUUGUAGGAUACACUCGGGUCUGUUGAAUUUUAUGGUCCCUUUCUUUGAUGGUGCUUGCAAGUUUUCUAGUUAGAAGUUAUUUCAUUAUUAUGAUAAUAUUUGAUCCAGACUUUGAACAAAUUUUGUUUUAAAGAAAUUGUCUGUAUACCAGUACAAGUUUAUUGUUUCAGUAUACUCGUACUAAUAAAAUAACAGUGCCAACCGCAACUGUUUCCUCUAGUUGCUUGUUUCCAGUUCUUUUUAUUCUGCACUUUGUAUCAAUCACUCAACUUCAAAUAGCCUCAUCAAGCAACUAAGCAGUUUGGAUGCAAAGCACACGGUGGGUCUAUCUCCAAGUUUUGCAUGCACUAAAGAUGGUGAUUCAAAUUUGUUACUAUCAAAUUUCUGUAAUGUUUUGUUCUUGUUAAGAAAUUGGUGAAAUAAAGAAUGAAAAACGAAAGACAGGUAUAUAGGGUAUAAUUUGUGAUUGUAUAAGGAACAAGUUUUAAAAAAAAGUAAGAAUGCAUUGCAGUGCCAUUGUGCAAACUUCAGAUAUAAAUUGUAUUUUCUCUUGUAAGUAUAAAAGUUACACAAAGACUUUACAGUGCACUGGCAAAAUACUUUUCAGAUCACAAUGUCGCAAAUGAGAGGCAGAUCACCAAUGGAAAGAAUAACUCAGGAAUUAUUAGAGAUGAUUAGAAGAUGAGAAAUGAAGAGGCCAAGUAAGGGAGUUGAUUUCACUAAAGUAUGCAAGAUAUUGAACAUGUCUAAAUAAACUCAGUUUAUGUUUAAUAUUUAAGAAAAGUUGCUUCAUCUUGGAAGAUUUCACAAAUGUAGGCAAGACUGCUGUGGUUAUAG